AUGAGCCUUCGUCUGUCGUCCCUUGAUCCGAACGAGCCCCGGGCGGCCAAAGACUGUAGGACAUGCAAUCGAAGAAGGGUCAGGUGCGACCGUAGCCUUCCUGGCUGCCGGAAAUGUGGGCUCAAAGGUCUCGAGUGCCCGGGAUACGGGCUUCGAAUUCAAUGGGGUCAAGGGGUUGCAAGCCGAGGGAGACUGACGGGAAAGACGCUUCCCAUCUUGGAGUCGGCACCUCCAUAUCCAAACCGAGCUGUCGAGGAGCGCGCGUUGGUGUCCCCGACGGCCGAGAGCAGGUCAGACGCCGUCGCUUCGAGACAGGAGACAUAUGCCGCUUCGGGUUCGAGAGACUUGCUGGACGACAGAGAAGGAGACUCGUCAACCUCGCCGCCCGAAGUGGCCAUCCCAGUACCGGAUGACUUGCAAAGUGCAUUUCAGCCCAUCUACGAUCGAUCCCGUAACUGCAACCCGUUUGCGUUGGGCCUGGACUUGAGCUCUUAUCACAUUCCAGGCUACCUCCAGACCCAGGUUGUCUAUGACCUGGUCCACUACUACGAUCACGUCGUGACCACCGUGAUGCCGUGGUUGGAUGGGCCAGAGAACGCAUGGCGUACUAUCAUGUUACCUCUGGCCCUUGAAUGCGAGUCCCUCCUUCUAGCGAUCCUUGCCCUCUCGGCAGAGCACUACUCGUCGACCAUGGGCUCGACUUAUGCCACCAAGACCGGCCCCUUGGCCGCCUAUUUUCGAGACCGUAGCCUGCGUUUGCUCGCACGGAGCCUUCGGACCGAGCUGUCUGAAGAGCAAACGACCGUUCGCAGCGGCCCCGCGUGUGCCAUGCUCGCGACCAUCCUGGUGCUCUGCAACCUUGAAAUGAUCCGAUGCGAUUCCGCGGUAUGGAGGAUUCACUGGAAAGCGGCGAGGACCAUCACGCGACUCUGGACGUCCUCGCAUCACCCCCCGCCAAAUUUCGACCCUCGGUUCGACUUCCUCAUCAAAGAAGCCUUUGUGUACGAGGUGUUUGGAUCCUCCACCACCUUCCGCGACGAAGCCCAGAUAACCAGCGCCGUAGUGAAUGCCGACGAUCCCUUUCUGCGCUGGCUGCAGCUCAUACAGGAGGUGACGAUAAUCGAGCGACGGCGACACGCCAAUUUACCUGUGCACGAAUAUCAGCUGCACGACGCGAGCAUGCACACGCUGCAUCAAGCGUUCAAAAAGGCCACAAAUUCCUCAUUCUUCCUCAGCAAACACAACCACCCCGAGUGGCACGGUCUGGAAAGCGACCUCGUGAUGCUGCUUAACGUCUACGAACAAGCAGGCCUCCUCUACAGUUACCAGGCUUUGAUCGACCCUGAAGAAUCUGCCUCUGCACGGAGCAUCUGCGUAGAGACCAUCAUCUCGGGCAUCCGCCACAUAAAACACAUGAGGGCUUUGCAGCACGAUCUGGUUUGGCCAUACUUCCUUGUAGGAACAGAGAGUAGGGGCAACAUCGAGAGACAGAGUUUCGCACAAGACGGCUUUCUAAACGCGAUGCAGUCGACCGCAUUUUCCAACUGCGUUCCAGCACUAGACUUCUUGCGAAGAUUUUGGACCACGGAUCCUUACGCGAUCCCUCUAUGGCUGGACUUUGCUCGACAUGAAUCUCGCCAAGGCCUGGAUUUCCUGGUGAUAUGA